AUGCCCCAUAUCCCGCUCCUUCUUCUAUUCCUACAGUACCCCCUUAUCCAAGCCGGCGGCUACCUAGAACUCCGUCUGAAAUCCGCGUUCCCCCUCAACGCUACCGUUGAAAUCACCGAAGGCAUCUAUUUCCCCACCAACAAACGUGUCUACAGUAUGCCUCUGGUUCCCGACGAGACCCGAAUCCUGACGAAUGUCCCCGUGAGAUUCCGCCAUCCGGGUACGGUACUUGUGAAUAGUGGCCCCGUCGAGAAGUUUGGUUUGGAGUACGAAACGAUUCGAUCGGAGAGAUGGAAUACAAUUCAGAUGACGAUUGGACCUGAUGAGAUUCAUUUGCCGUUCACUGGAUUCCGGAUUGAUAUCAAGUGUGAUAGAAACUGGUACGGCGCCUACUGUGACCAAUUCUGUAACGCCGACGUCGCCAAGACCAUCAACCGUCGAUGCACCGAUAGCGGAACUCUCGGGUGUCCCGACCACUAUUACGGUCCAAAUUGUGACAAAUUGAUAAAUCACAACUGGCGGAAGUGUCAGUGUCAAAACGGCGGAUUCUGUGUGUCGAGUUUCUCACGGCACCCGGAUCCUACAUUCAAAGUGGUUAAGGAUCAGCUGAUUUGCGAGUGUCCACUGGGAUUCGAGGGCGGGAAGUGCGAAAAGGAGUCGUAUGAAUACGCGGAGCCGAUUACUGUAGAAAUGUUCGGCAGGGAUCACAAAUGGGACAAUUUGCAACAGUUUUAUAAUCGAAGCCUUGUGGAGAAUGAGUUGAGAGAUUUGGACAGAUUUUAA